CCCAGGGCUUGGGGACAUCCCAGAGCUUGGGGACAUCCCAGGGCUUUGGGACACUCCAGAGCUUGGGGACACCCCAGGGCUUGGGGACAUCCCAGAGCUUGGGGACAUCCCAGGGCUUUGGGACACUCCAGAGCUUGGGGACACCCCAGGGCUUGGGGACACCCCAGGGCUUGGGGACAUCCCAUGGCCUGGGGACAUCCUAGAGCUUGGGGACACCCCAGAGCUUGGGGACACCCACAGCUGAGGACAUCUCUACGGCUUGGGGACAUCUCACAGCCUGGGGACACUCCGUGGCUUGGGGACACUUCACAGCUUGGGGACACCCACAGCCAGGGACACCCACGGCUGGGGACACUCCAUGGCUUCAGGACAUCCCCACGGCUUGGGGACAUCCCACGGCCAAGGCCACCCCAUGGCUUGGGGACCUUGGGGACACUUCACAGCUUGGGGACAUCCCCACACUUGGGGACCCCGCAAGGACAGUGUCACCUGCACGGACAGGGACCCCCGCAAGGUGACGUCACCCGCGUCACCGCUGGGGACCCUCCCAUGGCUGGGGACCCCGCAAGGACAGUGUCACCUGCACCAUGGUGUCACCUGCAUGGCCUGUGUCACCUGCAUCGGUGACAUCCCCCCCUCCACGCCCCCGGCUGGGGACACCCACGGCGCCCACCCCCACACUGGCACGGCCACCACCGGGCUGGGGACACUGCCACAGAACUGUCACCGGGCUCAGGACACUGUCACUGAACUGUCACUGGGCUGGGGACAUCGUCACAGAACUGUCACCGGCCUCAGGACACUGUCACAGAACUGUCACUGCAUUGAGGACACUGUCCCAGAAUUGUCACCAGGUUCAGGACACUGUCACAGGAACUGUCACCGACUUGGGGACACUCAGAGAACUGUCACCGCACUGGGGACACCAUCACAGAAACUGUCACCACGUUGGGGACACUGUUACAGAACUGUCACUGGGCUGGGGACGCUGUCCCUGAACUGUCACCGCGCUGGGGAACCACCAGGACGUGUCCCCAUGGCGCAGCUGCCACCACCGGCUUGGGGACACCAAAGUGGGAACCCCGGACUGGGAACAGCCAGGAUGUCACCAGUGGGGACUGUCACCACCGGACUGGGAACUGUCACCAGUGGGAAUUGUCACCAUGGGACCGGGAACUGCUGGCACAUGGGUGACACCGCGCUGGCACCGACACUGCAGGGGACACAAGGACACCACGGGGACAUCACAGGGACACCAGGACAUGUCCCCAGCACUGUCACCUCAGCCAGGACAGGACCUGGUGGCGGUGUCACAGUGUCACCCUGUGCCAGCGUGACCCGGGGACGCUGUCACCCGCUGUCCCCAGUGUCACCCGCUGCCCCCGGUGCCACCCGCUAUCCCUGGUGUCACCCGCUAUCCCUGGUGUCACCCGCUGUCCCCAGUGUCACCCGCUGCCCCCGGUGCCACCCGCUAUCCCUGGUGUCACCCGCUAUCCCUGGUGUCACCCGCUGUCCCCAGUUGACACUCCUGGGGACGCGGUGA